AUGUCGUCAAUCGAGGAGCUCCCAAAACCUAAGUUCGUGACCGGCGGCUGUCUCUGUGGAGCCGUCCGAUACCGUCUGGACUUCCCCGAUGGCUACGAUUUUGCCGAAAAUACUGGCACUUGUCAAUGCACGCAGUGCCGUCGCAACUCGGGCUCGCUCUUCUUUUCCUGGGUGGGGAUCACGGCCUCUGGCUUCAGGUGGCACGAUGUGAACGACAGAACGUCUACCGCCAGCAAGAAUGAGGUGUGGUCGCCCUUUGAUCAUCCACCGUCUGCGUUGCGGUCGUUUUCGGCGACUCCUGGGUUUGUGCGCGGGUUCUGCGCAACGUGUGGGGGCUUUCUCUUUUGGAUGAAAGACAACAGCUCUCUGGUCUAUUUGUCAGUUGGUAACAUCGAUCCGAUCUUCUUGGUUGGGCGCAGUGAUGAUGGCGAGGUUGGAACAGUUGAUGUGGGAGAGGAGUUACGGACGACCUUGUCACUGUGGGAGUUGGUCGAGGCAGAAGAUGGCCCCAGGAUUAAUGAUCGAUCAGAUGGUACAUUUGAAUCCGGCUCCUCUGUCCUGGAUGCUACGGUCCUGGCCCAGAAACACAGCUCGCCCAGAGCUUGGUUGCAUGAUUUGGGCUGUUUCCCGUGCAUCUUUCUGGUUAGUCUGUCCAAAAAUCUCAUUCCUCACCAAAGACCCAAGGUUCAGAACCUGCCAACAUGUCGGACGCAAAGGCACGCCGACCUGGGCCUCGCUGGCCAGCAGGUCAGCCAGCGCGAGAUUCGAGACGCCUACAAGAAGCUUGCCCUCAAGUCCCAUCCCGACAAGAAUUUGGGAGGCGACUCGGGUGGUACAGUCGAGUUUGUUAAGGCAUGUCUACACCUUCUGUUUACUCUUCUCAGGCUAUUUCAUGUUCAGAGCGCUUACGAGAUCUUGGGUGACCCUGAGAAGCGUGCCAAGUACGAUCACAGCUACAGCCGCUUCCAGCAUCAUGCAAAGACGAAAUCCAAACAGAAAUACAAACCAGGAUACCAGCCAUCAUCUGACGAGUUGCGAUCAGGGUGGGAGCAGAAGCAAGAGACGAUGCAGCAGCGAACAGAGGCACUGCGGCGUGAGCAUGCAGCGCAACAAGCCCAGCAGCUAGCAGAUCAGGAUUUCAAAGAUGAGUGGAACCGACACGUUGAUCAGAUGUUCGAUUACAUCAAGAGAAGCAACAAGGAUGCGAGACGCCGCGAGAAUGAGGCCUUCGCCGAACGAGAGGUCGAUGAGGCAGCGCAGUUGAGAGAAGAGAAGGCUGGUUGUGAACGAGCAGCGGCAGAGCAGGCACUAGCAGAGGACAUCAACUUCAUCACCAAGGAAGCCAAAGAGUCUAUCCUCAUUCUAGCUGGCAUGGAAAAGCGACCGAAGAACCUGUCGUUAAGAGAAUACAUUAAGCAGUGGGAAGACGAUGGCAUUCAGCGGCUGGUCCAGAGAACCAAUGGCUUGCUGGACUACCUCUGGACAAAGUCAGUCGCCGGAGGCUGGAUCUGUCCAGAAAUCAAAGACGCCGUCAAACUCGAUCAGCUGGUAGGGCUCGUCCUGCGUGGUACUUGGGGAGAUUCGAACUUCCCUCCCGAAACGAGAAGCCGUGCUGCAUCACUGCUCAAUAUCUGGCGCGAGAAGAAAUGGGGAGCAACCGAAGAGGGUCCUCAUACUUCAUUCGCUCAAGGACCGACUCAUCAGCAGCAACACUUUGAUUUCAUGAGCUCGACUGGAGGACAGUGGGCCGGUUCCAGCUUCCAGUAUCAUUGGGAGAGCCAGCGUAUAUCGCGAGACGCUGCGCACAAAGACGCAUACUUCGAGGAGAGUACUCAGUGUGGCAUCAAUGUGGAGGCUAGGGUGCUGUUCGCCGGACAGAAGCGGUCGCGACCAUUAAGCCCCGACGAGGAACAGGAGGAUCAACGAGCAAAGAAACAGAAGCACUUCAAUCUCUUUUGA